AUGUAGCGAAUUACAUUUCCUAUUGUAAACACGGUGUUUUUGGAACUUGUACUUACUACAGAGACAUAAAGCUUUAUAUCUCUGCGUAAUAGAUAUUUUGAUGGUGCGUGUUUCUGAAAUUGAUAAUUAGUAACUUGUGGACAAAAAUCAGAGAAUGGCAAGGCCAAAGGAAAAGUUUCAUAAUCCAGCAUUUCUUGAUAAAAGUGAGAGAGAACGAUCCCGUCUAAAGUUGACACUUGCCAAACAAAUGCAAAAAGACAUUGGAAGAAUGUUGGACGAAGAAGUGCAUUCAGACUUGGAAAUAAUUGUUGGAAAUCGAGCGAUUCCUGUGCACAGAUUUUUCAUUAAAACUAGAAGUAAAAGAAUUUAUGAGAGGCUUUUAGAAUUAUCCAGUGCUGAGUCCCAUUCCAGAAUUUUGACCAUGCCAGCUUGGUUGGAUUAUGACACCAUGAUUAUUCUAUUUCAUCAGCUGUACAACGUGAAUUCUGUGGAUGGGGAGAUUGAUGAGGUGGACAUAGCAGCGGGGCAUACCAUGGUGGACUAUCUCCUGUCCCUGUUAACAGAGAAGAAACCUGAUCAAAAGGAGGAGGGAUCUUCUGACUCCGAAGAGGAGGAGGAAGAGGAGAGGAGUAGAAAGGAAGGACACUGCAUGAAUGGGGAGGUGACAUUAAAGUGGGCUGAACCAGCAGGGGGUCAAUGUGCUGUAGUGAAUGGGACAAGUCAGAAAAAGGAUGUGUGUGUUAAAAUGGAAUCUAAUGAAAAUGUUGAAGAUGAAGUGAGGAAUUGUGUAAGGGAAAAUGUUGCAUUGAAAGACGCUGUUACUGCUAACAAAUUAAAGAUUUAUGGACAGGAAACUGUGUGUGAACAUUGUAACUCAGAUAAGUCAGAAACUGCAAAAAAUGAGGAGGAUUUAAAAUUAAGUGAUGCUGAGGAUUUAGAAUUAAGUGAUGCAGAAGAUGUUGUAGAAGAAACGCACAAUUUGUCAGAACUGAUCAAGAUGUCAUAUGACAUCACAGUACCGUAUGAUACAUGCAGUGUUAUGGGAGAGGAUCUUCUUCGAGGUUACCUGCAGAACAUGGACUAUGAUUGCAUCAUCACGGUGUCUGAUGUCCAUUUUAAGGCUCACAGGUCAUUGCUGACAGCCAGAUCAGCCUACUUUGAAGCUAUGCUGUCUGGAUCAUGGAUGGAAAGUGAUUCUCAUGAAAUCAAAUUGGAAGGUGUAACUCCAGCAGUGAUGGAACAAACCUUGCUGUACCUGUAUGGGGGAGUGACUGACAUCAUUGAGAGCUGUACAAUCAGUGAACUGAUCAUGGUGGCGGACAUGUAUGGUUUGGAGGGCCUCAGGGAUGUGGUCUUGUAUAAUCUGCGAAGAGAUUACUGCCAUUUCUUCCAUAAGCCCUGUGCUGUCUGUGAGGUGGGGGUAGUAGAUACAUUUAGUUUGGCUGUCUCUUACAACAUGGCUGAAAUCCAGGAGCGAUGUGCAAAGUGGAUAAACAACAAUAGAGUCAAAGUCUGGAGAACCAAGGCGUUUGCUAGCUUACCCCCAGAACACUUAGAAGUCUGUUAUAAUGCAGCAGUAUCAAGUCUGAACAUUCUAAAUGUCCUUGAAGUGAUGCUGGAAUGCCAUAAACUGAACAGAACAAUCCCUCACUUAAAGUGGUGUGAGACUGUCCUCCAUUACAUCACUCUAUUAAUGGACAGUGCCAUAGAGUUCACAAGCCAAAACUUUGACAAACUCAUUAACAGCGAGCAUUUUAUGAAUCUGGACAAGGGUCUUGCCUUCAAGAUCUGCUUCUUGGAGGAGCUGUUCGAGAGUGUGGUGAAGUCACUGUCCUUAAAAACAGCAUGUGGUGCUUAUGUCAGUUUGACCCAGAUGGCUAAAAACCUGACACAGAUACAGGAAGAGGUUUUGGGCAGAAAUACAGAGGAGUUUGAAAAAUUUAUUUCCUCACUCGUAAAGAUGUGUGAAAAUUUCCUAAAGAUGCACAUUCAUCAGGUGAUAAACACAGAGAACUGGGACAUUCUUUCAGAAGAUCUCCAAACUCAUCUACGAACCAUCUCAAAUUUCGUAUGUGUGGAAGGCUUUCCUAAGAGCAGAAGAGCUCCCCCAAAACUUACCAGUAUGCUUGAGAAAUCUAAUGCAAAUAAGCUAUCCAAUGAAAAAUUAGCUUCACAUAAGACAGUAAAGGACAGGGUCACAUCUGCCAGCACUACCAGUAGAGUCUUUACUCACAAACAAGAAUCUGUGGCAAAACAAGAAACUACAUCUAAAAGACUGACACAAAAACUUGGUUCUGGCACCAAGGGCAGCCAAUCAAAUCGAGGCCGUAGUCCGCAUGGAAGUACUGAUAAUGUGUCGUCAAAGAGAGGAAGUCUUAGCGAGACUGAGUCAGUGUCAGAGGCAGAGGUGGAGAUAAUGCUCGUUGAUAUUCCAUUAGAACCAGUUAACCUAGAAGUGGCUCAAAGAGCUGUUCUUCCUGACUCUAUUCAUCAUAUAGAACAGAUACAGCCUAUUUUGAUUUGGAAUAAUGUCUCCUCGGGUGAAUGGUAGAACUGUGGGAGCAGUGUAACAGAUACAGCCUAUUUUGAUUUGGAAUAAUGUCUCCUCGGGUGAAUGGUAGAACUGUGGGAGCAGUGUUUUAUAACCUUUUAAAUUAUGAAUGUUUUUAUAGGGCUUCAUUUAUUUGAUAACGCUCAGGAGUUUUGUGGAAUCCAGGAUUUUACUUUUUGAUAAUGAGAACAAUGCAUAGUUUGCAUUAUUGAGGGUAUUAGACAGAGAUGAAAAUUUGUCCAAUUUUUUAAACUAUACACUGCGGUUUCAUCAAUUUUUGUGGGCAUCAAGUGUAGUGAAUUUGUUUGAUGGAUUACUUUGUUUACAUGUCAUUUCAAAAGCUACUCUAUUUUCUGCUUGCAUUAUUAAAACAUGUGCAUCAUUGAUCACUUUUGUGAUCAGGAACAACUAUAAAAAUAGCAGAAAUUGUUUUUCAACAAAAAAUGAUGAAACCAAAUGUUCUUAGAAUGACUUUGUUCCAUGUAGAAAGCACUGGGACUUUAGGUCUCAUCCAUUCGUCCACCAAUCUGUCACAAAAAGUGGCCCAUUACUUGUAAAAUUCUUUAACUUAAGGCUUCAUGUUUUGCAAAGUAUAUUCCAUGCAGGUAAUUUCUUGAUAGCUACCAGAAAAACUGCUUUACACAAAACAUGGCUUUUAGGUUAGAAGUGUAUAUUUGUUCAUGAUGACCAGGCAACCUGUGUCUUGUCCUCUAGAUGACCUUGCCAGGUGCUGGUCAUAAAUCAAAACAAGUCAGUUUACAUGGCAUGUGUUCUCUAUAUGUAAUGAUGUCUAUCCAGAAGAAACUCUCAUUUAUCUACCUACAGGAAUAAUUCAUCUAAUCAAAACAGUGUGUGGUAUAUGUGUCUUAAUUCUUUUGUUUAUUUAAAGGAUAUGAAACUUAUUGAAUAUAUUAGUUAGUUUUAAGAUAUUUUAAAUUCUUACCUUUAAAGCAUGCACAGAGUUGGGGUUUUUUUCCCCAGUGAACAUCAAAUAAUCAAUGGAAAGCCUACUUUUUAAAAAAAAAUUACUUCUGAUAGAAAAUUAGCUAUCCCCAAAAUAUUUGUUGCUCCCUCUUUUGUUGCCCUCUCCCCUACUUUGAAAAUGCUAAUUUGGUCCUUGUUUGAACAGCUUUUGAUAACUGAUUUUAGUCGCACUACAUUUGGUUGACAGAUCUUUCACUGCUGUGGUAAACAGCAGAUUUGAAGAGAUUUUCGUAAGAUUUCAUUCAUCUUCAUUUUGUCAGAAGAGAGGAAAUUGGAAUUCUUCUGUCUUUGAAAUUUCUGUUAUUAUUUUUAUUCUUUUAGAUAAGAGUAUAGAUUCAUUCAUAAAUUUUUCAUAAUUUCAAAAUUAUGUACUUGUUUUAGAAAUGACAAUUUCUUUAAAUAAGGAAGUCUGUGCAUUAUCAAUAUUCUCGUAUAUUGGAUGAAAAUAUUGGAACAAAGUAUUGUCAUUGCUGGAUAAAAUUAAUGUUUCGAAGAACUGAGACUUUUUCAGAUGUCUAGACACACCUGAUGCAUUUUUUCUGUACCGUGGUGUUACUCUCAGAAAAGAGAAACAAAUUGUUGAUAAAAUGAUUGUUUUGUUAUAUCUGUGAUAUCUUUGUUUUGUUUUUCUUUUUAUUUGAUAAUGAUACUUUUAUAUAUAUAUAUGAUUUUUUGAAGACGUUUUACGCUGAUAAAAGCAAUUAGAAUCAC